AGCGCAAACAGGGAGCGUAAUAGUUCUUCUGUGUGAUCCCCACAAUCCUCAAUUCUGCAAGCAAAAACAACUAUCAAAAAAAAAAUUCUUCCAGGGUGAUUAUUUCUUAUGGCACAACUAUCUAAUGUUAUAUUGUACACUUGAAACUAAUAUAAUAUUGUAUGUCAGCUGUGCUUAAAAAAUAAACAUUUUUAAAAGUCUUCCAGCUGAUUUUUUUUUUUUUAAGGCAUAGAGAUGGGGAGAGCAGACAGGCAAGAUGGCGUGUGUGCCUUUGUCUGAGGAUUUUCUUCCACAUAAACUCGUAUGAUAGAUCUGGAAUGAGACUUUGUGGGUUCAUAUCCUGGCUCCACCUUUUGAUUGAUAGCUGUGCUAUCUUGAGUAAGUCAUAUAACUUCUCUGAACCCCAGUUUCCUCCUCUGCAAACGGGAAACAGAUAUUAGCAGCCCAAGUAAAGUUCAAAGCACAGGGUUGUCACGUGGUAAGCGCACUUUUUUAUUUACGCUUGAUGAACCCUGAGGGCCAAAGUACAAUUUCUACCUGGUUAACUAAGACACAUCCCACGCUUCCCACGGGCUUGCCUUUUCCCCAGCCUUGUUGUCAAGACCUUUUCUCUUGAAAAUACUUUGUACCAGCCUGUAGGAAUGCGUGCAGCCAGCCAGAGGGCAACGCUGACCCAGACGCCUCCAGCUUCCCCUUUGAAAGAUGCGUCCGGAUCUCCAGCCAGCUCACUUCUGGGUCUGGCCUGCGGGUGGUGGCCUGAAGGUCUGAACUCUCUGGGCCGGCGGGCGCGGCUGUGCGUGCGCUGCGGAGGGUGGUGGCCGCCUGCACCCAGCUCUUAGCCGCCGCCCCCGUCGCCGCCCCUGCGUGUCAGGUGCCGUGAGAAGCGCCGAGGGAUAUGACUGAAGCCGACUCUGCAGAAGCGAUGCACGCAAGGCACAGCUCCGCACGCAAGGGGGAGGCGACAGCACGAGAACUUUUCAACCCCAUAGAGUUCUCAGUCGCAGCGAGUUGCCUCCCCCUCCUCUUUCUCCAUCUCCCUCCGGGAAUCAGAGCGACCCACCCUCCUGUCCCCAGUGUUUGCCCCAGUUUGGCUCUGGGCCCAGAGCCCCUUAGGGCCUCGGAUGAGGCCAGCGGGGCCGUGCGCCUUCCAGUGGGCGGCGCCACCUGGAGGAGUUUGUACGCGAGAAAUCUCAGGGCCAGCUGCGUGCCGCCAGUGCUGGCCUUUGUGUGCCAAGGACAAGUCGUGGCCCAGGGCAGGGGAGAGGCGUCUUUCAGGGACUCUUGAUAUCGCUGUACUAGGAGAACUUUGCACGCAAAAGGACCUCAUUUGAGGGCCAUUUGUUUACGAGAAUGUUAAGAUAAAAUAACUAGGGAGUCUGUCAGGCAAAAUCGCCACCACAAACCGAACUUUCCUCAUUUCCAAACUGACAGGUUUCCUUUCCCGGCGAGGACACCGAAGGAUCCUGAGCGGUGUUCUCAUGUGGACCGAAGCUUAAGUCACACGGAGGGACAGGACUUUUGGGGCACGCUCCCACGGAGAGCGCAGCGGGAUGGGUAGCUUCUGUUCAGAGCACGCUUCCAGGGAAACCAUGUGUCCACAAUUGGGGUUGACCGUGAUUAAGAACGGUUUUCGGGUAGACAAAAAGUUCAAAUAGCCUCUAUUAGUAAAAUCACCAGCUGCUUUGCCAAGGCCGUCUGGGCGCACCGGAGCCGCCUCACGUGACCACCUGCGUGCGGCUGCCCGAGCCGUGCGGACAGUCUCGAUGCGCCCCGCCCCCUGGUGCGCUCCGCCCCUCCAGGUCCAGCUGCCUCCUCCCUCUACACAGACUUUAAAAACGGGAUGGCGCGUUUUGACUCUUUGGAGUGGCUGCGUGCAAAUGGGCCACGCCUCUGCGACUCCAGCUGUCAGUGCUGCGCCGGGGGCGUGAGAGCUAGGUAUUGACUCCAUUCAUCCAACCCCUACCUAAAUCCCCACGCUGUUAGACAACCCCGACUUUGCUGGGGUUUCACGUGCAGCAAGGCUGCGCAGAGGAGUCACCUUUCUCCCAUCCUCAUCCCAACCCAAGCGCCCCCAGCUCAGACAACGCCUCCACACUCCAGAGUGAGUGCUAAGGCUCCCCAGAACUGGCAGCAGGUGUCGGGGCGGGCGUCCGGCGUUUUGGAAGCACUCAGGUUGACCUCUUGCCUUCCACAAAAACCCUGUCUCUUCUCGGAGCCAGCUGUCCCUCGCCGCUGGAAACCGUGCCUCUUCGCAGCAGCGUAUGGUGGUAGCCCGAGCAGGUAGAGGCAUGGGACGCCGGCUCCUUUCUCCGCACACCUGAGCGUGACGCUUUUGCCCUUCUCCCUUCAGCAUGACCACCAGGCUCAGCCUCGAAGAUCCUCUGCUGCCCAUCACGCUGUCCGCCCAGCAGACCACGCUCCUGCUGCUCUUCUCUGUGCUAGCCGCCGUGCACGUGGCCCAGUGGCUACUGAGGCAGCGGCGGCAGCAGCCAGGGUCCUCACCCCCGGGUCCCUUUGCGUGGCCACUGAUCGGAAACGCCGCAGCAAUGGGCCCUGCGCCGCACCUCUCAUUCGCGCGCCUGGCGAAGCGCUAUGGCGAUGUCUUCCAAAUCCACCUGGGCGGCUGCCCCGUGGUGGUGCUGAACGGCGAGCGCGCCAUCCGCCAGGCCUUGAUACAUCAGGGCGCUGCCUUCGCCAGCCGCCCGUCCUUCGCCUCUUUCCGCGUGGUGUCAGGCGGGCGCAGCUUGGCUUUCGGCCAGUACUCCGAGCGCUGGAAGGCGCAGCGGCGCGCGGCACACCGCACUUUGCGCACCUUCCUUUCGCACCAGCUCCGCAGCCGCCGAGUCCUUGAGGGCCACGUGCUAGGUGAGGCGCGCGAGUUGGUGCAGCUACUGGUGCGCGGCAGCGCAGGAGGCGCCUUCCUGGAUCCCCGGCCGCUGACCCUGGUGGCAGUGGCCAACGUCAUGUGCGCCGCGUGCUUCGGCUGUCGCUACAGCCACGAGGACGCAGAGUUCCUCGAGCUGCUCAGUCACAACGAGGAGUUCGGGCGCACGGUGGGCGCAGGCAGCCUCGUAGACGUGCUACCCUGGCUGCAGUGCUUCCCUAACCCGAUACGCACGGCUUUCCGAGAAUUCGAGAAGCUCAACAGAAACUUCAGCAAUUUUAUCAUGGACAAGUUCCUGAGGCACCAAGAAAGCUUUCGUCCAGGAGCCCACCCUCGCGACAUGAUGGACGCCUGCAUCCUCUCGGUAGGAAAGGAAGCUGCCGAGAAGUCCGGCGACAGCAGUGCGCGGCUGGACAUGGACUACGUGCCAUCUACUGUCACCGACAUCUUCGGCGCCAGCCAGGACACUCUCUCCACCGCGCUGCAGUGGCUGUUCAUUCUUUUCAUCAGGUACCCUGACGUGCAGGCUCGGGUGCAGGCAGAACUGGAUCAAGUUGUGGGCAGAGACCGUCUGCCCUGCCUGGAGGACCAGCCCAGGCUGCCCUACGUCAUGGCCUUUCUUUACGAAGCCAUGCGCUUCUCCAGCUUCGUGCCGGUCACCAUUCCUCACGCCACCACUGCCAACACGUCUCUUUUGGGCUACCACAUUCCCAAGGACACAGUGGUUUUCGUUAACCAGUGGUCCGUGAAUCAUGACCCAGCAAAAUGGCCUAACCCAGAGGACUUCGAUCCCGCCCGGUUCCUGGACAAGGACGGCGUCAUCAACAAGGACCUGACCAGCAGCGUGAUGAUUUUUUCCAUGGGCAAACGGCGUUGUAUCGGGGAAGAGCUUUCCAAGGCGCAGCUGUUUCUCUUCACUUCCAUCCUGGCUCACCAGUGCAAUUUCAAGGCCAAUCCAGACGAGCCCGCAGAAAUGGAUUUUAGUUACGGUCUGUCCAUUAAACCGAAGCCAUUUAAAAUCAAUGUCACUCUCAGAGAGUCCAUGGAGCUCCUCGACAGGGCUGUCCAAACUUUACAGGCUGAGGAAGGCUGCCAGUGAGAAGCCAGAAGCAAGCUGUAAUUUUAGAAGUACUCAAGUUUUGGGGGGUGGGGACCAAAAUUUUCCAGCUUCUCUGGGCCACUUUUUCAGCCUCUAAAAUGAGCACAAAUCAACCAAGUAUUCUCAGAUCAGCCCUGGGCUGUGCAGGAUCUUGGGGAAGAUUUUUUUUUUUUGAGUCAAAGAGUUAAAAGGCCCAAAGAAUUUUUAUACAUACGUCGAAUGCUGGUAAUAAUUUCUCAAGGGAGCAUUCUUUAGGGAUAAAACACAUACGAGCCCACAUGCAGAGCUACCUGAUGAAGAGGUACUUCCAAUACCAGGCCGUUGUGGGUGGGACCUGAGAUUGAUGUUGUGAACAUCAAUAGAAAACCGCAUUAAGCAAAGUUUCAGAAUAUUGUUGAAUAUGUGAAGGCAAAUAAUUUCAGGGUAAGAGAUGUGAUUGAGAGCAAGAAGGAAAAGAUAUGGACCAGAAAUUUCCUUCUCACCUUGUCAAUACAGCAGCUUAGUUAGGCUGUGGUAUCUGUGGAUGGGUUUAUUUUUUUUGCCUACUGAUGUGCUUUCUUUUACUUUUGUUUGGGUGACUCAUAAUGUCAUUUGCUGGAAAAGAAAUCAAUAGUAGUUGGUUUAGUGAUUAUAGUGCAUUUCAGUGAUUUAUCAUGAAUUUUAAAAUGUAAGUUGUUAAAUUGUAAGACAUCCAAAGUUGUACUGGUUGACAAAGUACAGAAUUUCAAUCAUGAGAAAUGCUGCUUCCCCCCAAAAAACAAGAUUUACCAGCCCAGCUUUAAAUUAUGUGACUGCAAUGCACUAAUUUCAAUGCUUUGCAUAGGUUUUAAAAAAAAAUCACCAAAUAGAAUUCAAUAUAUGUACAUAUAUAAUUAUUCAUAAGCAAUAUGUAUUAGUUAUUUUAUUAUUAAAUAGUAUUGUUUUGAGUAAGAAAAGGUUGAAUAAUUUAUGUCUUUUAUGUCAUAGCAAAUUGAAAAGUACAACUAAUUGAACUAAUUUUGGCUCAAAUACAUGAAAUGAGUUAGAUUAAAUCAACUACCCAUUUUUGACGUGGAGACCAAGUUGAAGCAAAGCCUUGUCUCUCAUCCAAAACUCAAAUGACAAUGGGAGAAUCUAAAAACUGGGUCUGUAGGAUGUCUUCCUUAUUACUUUACAAUAUAUUUACUAAAAUGAUAAAUAUAUAGUUGACCUAGUUCCUAUGUCAUAACUCCAAACUCUUGGCAUGCUUAAGUUUUAAUUUAAUUUUAAAGACAUUGUGACUACCAAGCUCCAGCUGAAGUUACUGGAAACCUGACCAUUAGCCAUUGAAAGGCAGAGAAAUGUCACCUGUGUUUCCUAUGAAUCUUGAACAAUGCAACAAAUUACUUGGAUGUUCUCUUUAUUAGGAAAGAAGAGGGGAAAUUCCCAUUAUAACAGACCUAUUUUUUUUUAAGUGGUUAAAAAAAAACAGCAUUGCUGUCAGUGUUUUUGGAAAGUCAGAAUCAGAAGGGGAUCAGGGGAGGCUGUCAGGGGUGGGGACCGCUCGGUGCGGCACUGGAGCUGAUCAGAGCAGCCAGCUGUGUAAGACGGCGACCCAGUGAGCCGUCGCUUCGGUGACUGUGAAAACAUGAAGCUUGAACAAAGUGUGUAUGUUUAGUUUAUGGAAAUAAUCCAGAAACCUUAAAGAAAAUGAUGGACGAUUGCAAGAGUACCAAGUGAAGUUUAAAGGCUUAAUGUUCAUUGCUUGUAAACGUCCGAAGGAAGUUGUUCAGUGGCCUAAGAGCUUACAGCUUGUUUAAUGAAGCUUUUGGAAUCCUAUCAGAAUUAUCAAGGAAGGAGUGUACUGUGGCUGUGUGUCUGUCUGUGGGGGGCAAGGGGGGUUGGUAAGAGAAAAGAGUGAAAAAGUGAAAAGGAUGAAAGAUGGUUAAACAUUUCCCCACUUAUUCCAGGUUAAUUUAAAAUAUGAGUAUUUAGAAAAAAAAGAUGUUUUGUGUGCCAAUAUUAAAUCCCAAAUAGACUUUAAAAAUCCGCAAUAUUUUAGAUCUAUUUUGUAAUUUGAAAUAUUUUCUUAGCAAAAAUUUCACAUGAUUACAAAGUCUCCUAGCUGUACCCCUUGAAUAUGAAAAACUGUUUGUGCUAGUAUUUUUAAAGGCACUGUAAAGUCAACUAUAGAAGUAAGGCUUACCAAUACAUUUAAUUUUUUUGGCACUGGCAAUUCCAAAAUAUUAUUACCUACUCCCCUCGCCCCUCUAGCAAGGCUGAGACAGCAACUUGGGGCUGCUUUAGCCUAUUUAUUCUAGGAGACGCGUAGCAGCAAAGUACCGUAUUUUGCUGUGUAUACUGCGCACCCACGUUUUUGUGCCCAUUAUAUAUGGGAUUAUUACACCCAUGGUAUGUAAUUAUUAUACUCAUGUAUAGUACACAUCCUUAAUUUUCCGUAAAAAAUUUGGACAAUAACUCUGCAUGAUAUACGGCAAAAUAUGCAAUCAUUUACCAAUCUGGAUGUCUCAUUAACUCCAUCUGAUCCAGAUGUGCUAUAAUCUGUUUUUAAUGUAGUUUUUAUGUAUGUGGGCUUAAUCUGGUUAAUCCGGUGCUUUUGGCAAUGAGAAAGCUGUGCAUAUAUAGAAAAAAUUCAGGUGGGCACUUGGAGGUUAGCUGGCUUAUUUAAUAUGUUUAUAGCCUAGUUAAAGGAAAGAAAGCAAAACCAAAAACAAAUAAAAAUAACCAAAUUUGGAGGCUACAGUAACCAUAUUACUGGCUUACUCAGAAAACCUUAUUUCUGCAGAGAAAGAAUGCAUUUGCUGGUCACCAUUCUAGUCAGACUAUCUACUCUAGGUGAUUGCAAUAAAGUAUAUCACUAAUUAAAUUCUUCCUUUAUAUAUUAAAGCUUUGACUGUGUAAGAAAAUUGCUUUUUCUUUCCAAAACAGAAAGAUAUCUCAGGUUUGUUUUGUGGGUUAUCUAAAAGCCUUCAUGUCUCAGAACUUAGCCUUUACCUGUGAAAUGUUAUUAUAGCCUUAAUAUUUUCAUAUUAGAUCUAUAUUAGAUCAGAUAGUUGCAUAGCAUUAUACAGGGUCCAGCAGAAGUAACGCCAUUGAGUGUGGUUGGUAGGGCAUGUGAACGUCUCACAUGAGAUGAACGGCAAUUCGAACAUUUCACCUAAAAUGUCAUAUGGUGUGCUUGAGUGUGAUAUUGUUAUGUUGCAGAAUUACAUGCUUAUGAUUUUGUAAUAAAAGAUUUUUAUGGCAUAACAAGGGGCAUUAUUUGUGCCAGACCCUGUAUAUUAAUUUGUGUGUGUUUUAGUUAGGACACUGAUGUGUGCUAAAAGGUAUACUUUAUUAGAUGUUCAUAACUCAAGGGUAACUUCUUAUUUAACCCUUUCUAAUUUUUGUAUUUUAUCAUGUAUACUUUUAAUACGUACAUAGUGACUAUAAUGCAUAAUUGUACCUGAAAUGGAUUUUGGGGACACAGCAUUAAUAUGUAGCUUUUCCCAUUUGAUAUACCAAAUUAAAAAUUCUGUAUCAGUAAUUACCUAUAAGAGGACACCAUUACCAAAAUAAUAAAAACCACUUUCACAUU